AUGAAACUCCCCAUCCACAGCAGACUGUCGUUCUCCGCGUUGUUCUGUGCGGCGUUGGUGCUCCUUGCGGAGGCGCGCAAGGUCCCGAAAUGCUCCGUCUCGCCGUUGGGAGUCGGGAAGGACGAUACGGACCAGGUUCUUGCGGCGAUCGAGAAGUGCGGGCAGGGCGGACAUGUGACGCUCGAAGAAGGCUCCUUCAACAUCACACGGAAGAUGACAUGGAACCUGGCCGGCUCGACGGUCGAUUUAUACGGCUCUCUCAGUUUCGUUCCGGACAUCGACUACUGGCUCAACGCGAACAACACCUACCGCGUCGUCUUCAUCCAAAGCCAGGCUUCGUGGUUCGUCGUCACCGGACACGACUUUGUCAUCGACGCACACAACGUCGGCGGGAUCCACGGGAACGGGCAGCCCUGGUGGAACCACUUCACCAGCGUUCCGCGACUCGAUGGCGACGGGCGGCCCAUUUCCUUUACGGUCUACCAAGCCCAGCACGCCAAGAUCCGCAACUUCCGCAUCGAGUCGCCGCCCUUCUGGUGCAACACGGUCGCCGAGUCGAAGGAUGUGAUUUACGACGGGAUGCUGUGCAACGCCACGAACACGAAUGCGACGUUUUUCGGGACCAAUAUCGUGCCCAACACGGACGGAAUCGACACCUACCGGAGCGACAACGUCUCGCUGUUGAACUGGGAUGUCACGUGUGGAGAUGACUGCCUCGCGGUCAAAGGCAACACGACCAAUCUCACCGUCAAGAACGUUGUCUGCCGGGGCGGAAACGGGGUCGCGUUCGGGUCGUUGGCUCAGUAUGUGAACCUUACGGAUAUCGUUGACACUGUUCAUAUGGAAAACAUCACCAUGACCCGAAUCAACACCACCAUCCAACCGAACAUGAAGAACGGGAUCUACUUCAAGUCGUGGGACGGCACGGUCAACGGUGCACCUCCAACAGGUGGAGGUGGAGCCCCCGGCUACGCCACGAACAUAGUCACCCGGGACAUCGUCCUCGAUCGCGUCGACCGACCCAUGACCAUCUCCCAGACCAACGGCGGUCACAGCGGAGACCGACCGUCUAUUUUUAAAUUCGGGAACAUCUCGUUCGAGAACUGGUCCGGCACUGCGCUGUCGAGCACAGUCGUUGCGCUGGAGUGUAGCUCCGCCGUGAAUUGCACGAACAUCCACUUCUCGGCGUUCAAUGUGUCUCUGCCAGCGGGUGUCACCCCGAAAAACAUCUGCCAGAAUGCCGUGAACGUGACGGGGUUGAAUGUAUGUCCGUGAACUUGACAACGCUUCCUUUGUCACGGGCACCAUGAGUAGCAGAGGCGAACCGGAGAGAUAGGACGAGGAAAAAUAUUGAUACUUCUUUGUGCAGAAUCAAUGAAUCCCUGGAUUUAUACGCAAUGUGAAUACAGAAUGAAUUACAAAAUUUGUGUGAAGUCUCCUCACAUCUUCGAAAAACUCGUUCAACCGCUGUCUAAUUCAAGUUAAGCCUUGCGUGGGAAACCUGCCAUCCGGCGAUCUGGCCGGGGAUCAUCGUCUGCUAAAAUGAAAAUUCUCGCUAAAUCCUUGGCGAAAAGCGUGACUCGAAUCCAGGCCUAUCUCCUGGGUACUUAUGUACACAAACUCCAAGCGGGGUCACAAGGUCAUUAUGUCCAGGCUCGCCGCUCAUGACCCCCCCUUCCUCCCGACCCUCUUCGGCACUUCCGCACACGAAACGCACGGCAGCAGUUGCCAGAAUCACAGGCCAGCGAUCUGUCGUUUGCUGGCCUUAUACUAGCUCCGAGUCGGAGUUGGAAGUCGUCUGCAUCGCCCGCCUGACCCAGUUUCUCCGAUGAAGCCACCCACUAUUCGCAACCCGGCGGCACCGUGUGUCAUUCGCGUGCCGAUAAGCGUCUAGGCGUCUCUGUAUAAAACCCACCCAUCGCGUCGACCCGGAGGACCCCCCACUACUCUCGAAAGCCAUGCGGCGCGUCUCCCUGCUCGUCCUGCUCGUCGGCCUCGCGGUGCGCGGGCAAGACGUCCCCGUGUACACCGACGCCGCGCUCGCCGCGCAGUGGGAGAACUGGUCCUGGGGCAGCACGAUCGACUUCGCCGCGACGGACCUGCGCGCGGGCGCGGCGGGCAGCAGCAUCAGCGUGAGCUCCGGCGCGUACAGCGCGCUCUCGGUCAAGUACGACGGCGGGCUGCUCGGUGGGUAUGCGGGCAUGAAGUUUGAUAUCGCGGGGAGUAACCCCGAUUUGACGAUAUCGCUGUCGUCUACUGCGGACGGGACGACGUCCCCGAGCAUCCCGCUGUCGGCGCUGAGCACCGCGGUCAACGCCACGGCCUUCACCACGCUGUUGAUCAACUUCAAGGAUCUCCCUGGCACGGGAACGGCUUUGCCGAACGGGACCUGGGAUCGGAUAACCUUCCAGUCGGGUGGGGAGACGACCACCGCUUACCAUCUCGACAACGUCGUCAUCGUGCAGCAGAUCGUUGUGACCCCCGAGAUUCUCUCGGCCGAGCCUCUCGCCGAAAACAUCAUCGCGGUGACGUCGCAGGGGGCGGUUGACUUUACCAAGAUUGCCGUCCAGCUGAACGGCAAGUCAGUCCGUGUCUCGAACAGCACGAGCUAUGUCCCCGUCGGCUCGCCGUCCAAACUCAUCACCUACCUCACUCUGGCCUCGAACUUCGCGCCGGGCGCACUGGUCAUCACGAGCCCCACGCUCUCGAUCAACUACACGCUGCCCGCCGCGCAGUCGAUGUCCAUCGACAAAACCAAGUCGACGCCCAUCUCGCCCCUCAUCUACGGCGUCAACUUCCCCGUCUCCGCGUCGUACAUCCAGGACCUCGGCGUGACGAUCAGCCGCUGGGGCGGCAACGCGGUGACCGCGUACAACCCGGCCGGGCAGUUCACCAACGCGGGGAACGACUGGUACUUCGAGAACCGGGUCGCCUCGCCGCCGGAUGCGGAUGCGUGGAUGGGCUGGGUCGGCGGCGCGGGGAGCGGCAGUUUGUUGACCGUCCCGGCGCUGGACUGGGUCGCCAAGGACGCCACGUCGUACUCGUAUCCCGUCUCCGUCUACGGCAACCAGAGCUCCCACGAUCCAUACAACACCAAUGCCGGAUCAGGUCUGUACGCGAACGGGUCCUACGUGACGCCCACGCCCAGCCAGACCAACGCCUACACGCCGUGGAGCGUCUCGCAGGCCGUGACGUGGCUGCAGGGACUCACGCACAAGCCGACGCUCAUCUCGAUCGACAACGAGAUUGAGAUUACCAGCAACACGCACCAGGACAUGCACCCCAACCCGAUGGGAUACGACGAGGAGCUGGCGCGGAUGCUGAACUACUCCCUGGCGAUCAAGACCGCGCUCCCGAACACGCAGAUCGCUAUGCCCUCGACCUGUGCCUGGUGGUAUUACUGGACGAGCUCGAUCGGCUACACGGACAACGCCGCGCACAACAACACGGACUUCAUCCCGUGGUUCCUGCAGCAGAUGGCCGCGGCGGAGAAGACGCACGGGAAGCGGCUGCUGGACUACCUCGACCUGCACUACUACUUUGCGCCCGACGUCAGCGCGAACGACGCGGCGGCAAAGGCGCUGCGGCUGCGCAUGUCGCGAUCGCUCUGGGUGCGCAUACAGUGUGCUUUGGAGCCAGCCGACUGGAGUCUGAAUCAACUUUAGGACACGACGUAUGUGGACGAGUCGUGGAUCGGACAGCCCGGGCAGCAGAACCACCAGCCCGCCCCGACCAUCGUGCAGCUCAUCCCGCGCAUGAAGGCGCUCAUCAACCAGUACUACCCCGGCACGAAGCUCUCGCUGUCCGAGUUCGACUCGACGCUCGACACGGACAUCACCGGCGGGCUGCUCACGGUGGACAUGCUCGGCAUCUUCGGCCGGUCCGGGCUCGACAGCGCGACCUACUGGGCGACGCCGGACGAGAACGGCCCCGUCGGGCUGGCGUACUGGCUCUUCCGCGGGUUCGGGACGUUCUUCGGCGCCUCUACCGCGCAGGUCACGCUCUCCACGCCCAACCCGGACACCCAGGGCGUCUUCGCCGCGACGGACAAGAACGGGACGCUCUCGCUCGUCGUCGUGAACAAGAACCCGCAGGUGCCGGUGAGCUUUGCGGUGCAGAAGAUGCCCGCGGGGACGUACUUUGUGCGCCACUUUGGCGGCGCGGCGGGCGUGGCCAAGUGGCAGGGCCAGGUGCACAUCAAGACGGGGUCGUACAUCGUCGUCCCGGCGUACACCGCCGCAUUCUUCAAGCAGAUGUAGUAAUCCAAUGUAAUUUGUCGCAUAGCCCCGAAUCUCCUACGAAAUAUAUCCCCAGCAACAGCAUGAAG